AGUUUUUCCUUCUUUGUGUUCCAGAACGACACGAUGCAAGUGGUUUGGCAAUAUCACGUCGAGGAACCGGUGUCCGCCGCCGGAGUUUUGCCGGAUCACGACGCCAUCCGGGGAUCGAGGCCCCUUUAUCUGGUGCAAAGGGACGCUCAACCGAGGCCAACGUCGCGCAACCAAGAGGCCGAGCCACCGCUUCAAACGUGGGACAUAUUGAACCAGCAGGUACGCUUACCCAAGGGACAAGACACGUUGCUUUGGUGCCGCGUUCUUAGGAUGCCAAACAUUGAUCACAAACACCACGUCGUCAAGCACGAGCCUGUGAUACAACCCGGAAGUCACGAUUACCUGCAUCACAUGACUUUGUACGAGUGUCGUGGGGAUCAGGGACAAUUGGAAUCCGCAGCGAAGACGUCAGGCAGUGUUUGCUAUCAGUCCAAUCAGCCGUCUCUUCAAUGUAAUACAAUCGCCGCUAUCUGGAGUCUGGGCUCCGAGGGGUUCAAUUACCCGGCCGAGGCCGGCUACGCGCUGGAUCCGCACACGGGACCUCGCUACUACAUGCUCGAGACCCACUACGCGAAUCCUCAGAUGGACGCGUUCAUAAGCGACAGUUCCGGGCUGCGUUUGCAUUACACGGACAAGUUGCGCACCCACGACGCCGGGAUUCUGAGCGUCGGCAUCGACCCCAAUUGGAGGCACAUCAUACCGCCAGGCCAAGCGGAGGUGGUAUCCGAAGGUCACUGCAUCUCGGACUGCACCGGGCACACGAUACCCAACAGCGGCAUCAACAUAUUCGCCGUCAUCAUGCAUACGCAUCAACUGGGGAGGAAGGUCAGAUUGCGUCAGAUAAGAUCAGGCGAGGAGCUGCCACCCAUUGCGUCCGACACCAAUUACGAUCCCAGCUAUCAGGAGUAUCGGAAGCUGCAGAAGCCCGUCAGGGUCUAUCCGGGCGAUCAUUUGGUGGCCGAAUGCACGUACUCGUCUAAAUCGAGGCAAGCAAUCACGCUCGGCGGUCUGACAACGAGGGAAGAAACUUGCCUGGUGUCCACUCUUUAUUAUCCCCGCAUCGAGCUGUCGCUCUGCUACUCUCUCCCUUCAUUACCAACGGUUCUGCAGAGUUUGGGGAUCCAAAAGCUGAUGCAGGGUUCCAGCCCGGUAAAGAUUCAAGAACCGCAAAAGUUGGCCGGCAUGACGUUGGAGGAACGUUUGCUCAGCUACGACUGGGAGAGCAGUUUCCAGAGCUUUCAGGAAGCUACCCGGGGCGGCACCUUUAAACCCCUUUGCUGGACGAACAAGGGGGAACUGGCAGGCAUGGACAGCCUGGAAGUCCAUUAUCCAAGGAUCCUGAGGCCGUACGAGGAGGUGGCCCUCCCGUGCUCGAAGAAACCUCUCAGGAACAAGUUGUCGUUAAUGCUGAGCGAGGACGAGGACAUCGGUGCACCCGUGGACCCGGACAGUGACGAGACGAACGCGGUCGAACGUGGACAAUUGGUGCGCAGCAAAGUGUCACGAAGCAGUGACGGGCCAACGGGCGGAAGUUCCUCGACCAGGUCGAUACCUACGAUCGUUACUCUCGCCACCUUGGCGAUCAUCGUCACCGCCGCGUUCAGGUGAACACUGGCUGGUCGUCUUGCGCGCCGAUCGAAUGAAAACCGAUCGAUUUCGUUUAUCUAGGACGGCCGUUUUAUCUUCUUGUUGAUCAAGCUGAGGAUCGGGGAGGUGGAUUCAUAUGUAAGUACGUAUGUACCGGUGUGUACCCUCUCACGUGGAUCCAACAACUAUUAUCACGUGGCUCGUUCGUCAACCAGAGAUCGUUGAGUGAGGACAAGGUAGAUGAUUUAUAUACGAUAUAGGGUUUCUCCCUCCGCCUCCUCUCCUUCCUAGAGUUUCAUUCUAUGCAUUUGAUGACACGAUCGGAUGUCGUUGAAUUGAUAGUGAUGUAAUUUUUCUUUUUUUUUUUUUUUUUUCUUCCUUCCUUUUGUAAAACACGUUCUGUGAAUAAAUAAGGAUGGAAAUAAAUAAUAAUGGACGAGAUAGCGCGGGAGAAGAGAAAUAUUUUUUGAUGUGGCCUCGAGUCGUGAUCGCGUGUAAUAAUCACGACGAAGAAGUUGAUAUAGAUGAUGAUUGCCAAAUAUAUAUAUAUAUAUAUAUAUUUUCCCUCGAACGAAGCUCUUUCUUCGAAGAGUUUCUUAGGAUCUACGAUGUCCUCAAUCAAAGAUCGACCUCCCUUUCUCGCGAUCUCUGCUCGUGCACCGUGUAUUGUUACUAUGUAUAUCGCGUGCUUGCGCAGGACCACUCCCUCCUUUGGAUAUCUUUCGAGUUUGAAUGCUCGUUAUUCUUUUCUUAUCCGAUUUAUAGCCGGAUUAUAUAUACUUCGAAUACCCUUCGAUUCGUUUCACGAUUUUAUUAGCUACUAAGUCUAAUUUCUUUCGCGACCGUGUAUAUAUAUAUGGCAAACUACAGAGAUGGACCUGUAGCUGGACGAAAAAGGGUAUUCGUAUCGACGGCGUACA